GAGUAGCAGUUGGUAGCAGUCGAGUGUUGAGAUAGUACGGUCGUGUUUUACGUAUAUUUGUGUGCUGAGAGUGUCAAUUGUUGGUUAAAAAGCAAAAGUAAAAAAAAAGUAUCAAAAUAGUUAAGAAAAAAGUGAACUUGUGAAAAUAGCUGAAAAAGUUUCCCUUUUGUCCCACCGUAUAUAAUCAUUGUGAAAUAGUGUCAGUGAAUUAAUAGAAAAGUAUUUUUGUGCAAUUUAAUUAAAAAAUUAAAGCGAUCUUCAACUUAAAAUACAAUAUAAUUUCAAUCUACCAACACCUAGAGAGAAUCAAUAAUAAGGAAUAAGCUAAGAUGGGUAACAUUCAUACGACUGGACCAAAUGAGGCGUUAAUUGUUUCAGGUGGUUGCUGUGGUUCCACCAAAAAGCGCACUAUUGUCGGUGGUUGGGCAUGGGCCUGGUGGCUGGUGACAGACGUGCAACGCCUGUCGCUCGAGGUGAUGACACUCAAUCCCAUGUGCGAGAAUGUCGAGACGGCACAGGGUGUGCCAUUAACUGUAACCGGUGUCGCUCAGUGCAAAAUCAUGAAGCGUAAAAAGCCUAGAAAAAAUAGAAAUUACAAAAUGAUGAACGUGUAUUAUUUUCACCAUCAGGCUGACGAAUUAUUGGGCACCGCCAGCGAACAGUUUCUGGGCAAGAGCGUUAAGGAGAUCAAGCAGACGAUAUUGCAAACAUUGGAGGGACAUUUGCGUGCCAUUCUCGGAACGCUUACAGUAGAAGAGGUUUACAAAGAUCGCGACCAAUUCGCUGCGCUGGUACGCGAGGUAGCCGCACCUGAUGUCGGCCGCAUGGGCAUUGAAAUACUCUCAUUCACCAUCAAGGAUGUCUACGAUGAUGUGCAAUAUUUGGCAUCGUUGGGCAAGGCGCAAACGGCGAGCGUGAAGCGUGACGCUGAUGCGGGUGUGGCCGAAGCCAAUCGAGAUGCCGGCAUACGCGAAGCUGAAUGUGAGAAGAGCGCCAUGGAUGUGAAAUAUUCCACGGACACCAAAAUCGAGGAUAACUCGCGUAUGUAUAAAUUGCAAAAGGCCAACUUUGAUCAGGAGAUCAAUACAGCGAAAGCUGAAUCGCAACUGGCUUACGAAUUGCAAGCAGCAAAGAUACGACAGAGAAUACGUAACGAAGAAAUACAAAUCGAAGUUGUCGAACGUCGCAAGCAAAUCGAAAUCGAAGCGCAAGAAGUGCAGCGGAAGGAGCGCGAACUAAUGGCUACCGUUAAACUGCCAGCCGAAGCGGAGUCACAUCGUGUGCAGACAAUAGCGCAGGGUAAACAGUGUCAGACAAUUGAGGCGGCACGCGCAGAUGCCGAAAAGAUACGUAAAAUUGGUUCAGCCGAAGCUCAUGCCAUUGAGCUUGUCGGCAAAGCAGAGGCGGAACGUAUGCGUAUGAAGGCACAUGUCUACAAACAGUAUGGCGACGCUGCCAUCAUGAAUAUUGUGCUCGAAUCUCUGCCUAAGAUCGCUGCCGAAGUAGCUGCCCCACUCGCCAAGACCGAUGAGAUCGUACUCAUUGGCGGCAACGAUAACAUAACCAACGAUGUUACACGCCUAGUAGCACAAUUGCCACCGUCCAUUAAUGCAAUCACCGGCGUCGAUUUGUCGAAAGUAUUAUCCAAAAUACCCGGAGCCAAGGCGUGAAAUUCAAUGCAACACUCAAGCAUGCAAACGCCUCAAGAUGCCCGAACGAUGAUGUUGAUGACAUAAAGAUGAAAACGUUAAAUGGAACAAGUUGGAAAAUGAUAACCGAAACACAAAACAAAAGAAAUAUUAUGAUAUAAUAAUAAAUGACACAAAUUAUGACGAAAAAUGGAGAAGAAGAAAGUGCUAAACAUAAACGAAUUAUAAAAUAAAAUGAAAAUUAUACAAACACAAUUACAAAAACAACAAAAGGAAAGCUAAAUUUUAGCACGAUGUUCAGAAAUCAAUAAGGAAAAGUAACAGUUCAAUCUAAGCAAAGAUAAAUAUUAAAAACGAAAGGAAAAUAAAAAAUUGGAUAAAAGAGUAAAAAAUAUACACAAAACUAAAAGCGAACUCUGGCUUAAGCGUCUAUUUUGCAUUGAAUUAGUAAUCUAAAUAUACUCGCCUCCUUAAUAUAAAUGUACAACACACUUUUAUACAAGCAAGCAUAUACAAUCUUACAUAGUAUCUUUAUAUGUACAUAUGUAUAUUUAAAAAGUAUUUAAAUUAUUUAGAAAAACGUUCUAGACACAAACGUAACUACAAUAAAGUUUCUACAAAUGUUCGCAAAUUUCCUUUAUAACUACAGUACUGCGUAAAAAGGGAAACUAAAUAAAUUAAAAUUAGUUUUUACAAAACUGACUGGUAAAAAAAUAUGUGUAUAUCUAUAUAACUCUCUUCCGUUUCAUAGCCGCAUACAAGCAUUGUAAAUGAACUAUAUUCUUGUCUCAGUGUCUCCCAAUCAAAAGAAAUAUGAACAUAAAAUACUUAUGUAUAGCAACUUUCUCAAUUAAAAGCAUUCAAAGUUAACAAUAUACUCUUUGUAAUUUAGUUUUGUAUGUGUAACUUUUGAAUUAACAAUAAUGAAAAAAGUGUUUGACUUAGCAAAAGUAAAAAAAUAUAUAUGACAACACUUGAAGCCAGUUCUGAACAAUUAACUGCUGCCAUUUUCAAAAUUGUUAAUAUAUUCUCGAUUUACAUUACACUAUGUAUAACUUUUUAAAAUUUUUCAAAUUUACAAUUAAAUAAAAUAAUAAUUAAAAUAAAAUAAUAAAUUAAAAAGUUGUUGUAUUAGCAGGUGUUUAGCUUGAUAUUUUAUAUAGUACAUAAACACUGCAGAUAUAGUACAUAGUCUUCUGAAAGUUCACUCGAAGCAUAUGUUUAUAGAUAUUUGGAAAAAAAUACAGGAAAGCAGCAGCUCUGCAAUGAAUAUGCGUUUCAGAACAUCACAUUUAUUAUAAGUCUAUACUUUAUCAAAAUAAUUUAAUGAUACGUUUUCUUUUACAGUUUACGCUGCUUAAACUUGUGUCAUGAAAUCGAUAGCUCAAUUUCAUAAACUCGUAAGCUAUUAAUUACAAAAUAAACUGUGUAGACGCAGACUUCUCCACCGAAUUGAACAGUGCAAUAGUAAAAUGUUCACUUAGUAAGAAAAAAUAGUGCUUAUUUGGACAACCAAUCAAAUUAAAAGAUAAGUUAUAUGAGUUUAUAUUAAUACACUUUCGGUACCAUUUUGCAGUUAAUAACGCUAGAACAAAAACGUCAAACCGAUUGUAUUCUGGAUCUGUCUAUUAAAAGCAAAUAAAUGUUCCUUGAAAAAUCAUACAAGUUGUUUGUAGGCAUUACACAAAAAUGCUCAAUAACGGAAUUCAGUUUAACAUUUAAGCUUUAGCUACAAAUUUACAAAAUCAGUUCGCAAAGCAAUUUAUUACAUUUAGAACGCAUCAAAUUCGAAAAAAUUAAGUGAGCUGUCCUGCUGACACUGUCUGUUCAAUACGCCAUGCAAUAGUUGAAAUAAUAAUUUAGAAAAAUAUGAUAUCUUUUUCCAUUUCGUUGACUUAUAUUUUUAACUAAACGUGAAGCAAACAAAAAAUACGUAUUUUGAGCAACAAACUUGCAUUAUUGUUUUUUUUAAUUAUGAAGUUCGAAUACUCAGUUUAUCAGUGUUCAAUAAAGUGGAGAAAACUGUGCAAUAUUUGUGAGUUUAUAAUUGAACUUAACUAAAUUAAGUGACCCUCAAUUAGUUUUUCCAAUAUAGAAAAAUGUGUUCCACUUAUAUUCACUGUAUUAGCACUCGAUUACGUUAUCGAUUUCCCAUAAAACUUGAUAAAAAUACCACAAUUUUCCUCAACACAGCAUGCAUUUACAACAUUUCUUUACUUCUUAGUAAUGUUUAAGGCUAAAAAUAUUAUUUAAACCCUAAAACAUAACUAAUUUAUGUUACAACUUUUAUAGUAGAAACCCUUAAAAUUUGCCAGUCUUUAUAUGUAUGUGCUCAAUUUGGAAAGUUUUGCAUACAAUUUUGCAAGCGAAAUUUUUUCCCCUUUUCAAUUUCUUUACAUGUUACUACCGCACAAUCCAAAGGCAUAUGUAUGUAGUUAUGGUAUAUAGUAUACAGUAGGCAAAUAUCUGUGUAUUUUUGACCGAACAACUUUUUUGAUUCUGGUACAUAUAAUUUCAAGGAUUUGCAUAUUAAUUUAAUUUACCAAAAAUUAUAAUAAUUAAUGACAGAUAGAACUUGAGGGAAUUACUCACUCAAGUUAAAUUGUUUUGCCAAAUUUUCACAGUCACGUACAAUUGUGUAAGGGCUUAAGUAAGAGUAUAGUAUGUAUAGUAUGUGCAUGUUAGACAUAUCGUUUCGAAAAUUGGUUUUUAUCGAAAAUAUUUUACAUUAAAUUUAGUUGAAAAUAACGAAAUAUCAUUUGCCAUAUCAAAUCGAGUCUUGGGAAUUUAUUACGAUUGUUGAUUUCUAUAAAUUAAAAAAAUAUAUAAAUAUGUACUGUUAAUUUUUGUUAUUAUUAUUAAAGUUUGUUUGUUCCGUAUAUGUUAUUACGUAAAUAUUUAAAAAAAAAACUAUACAUUUACUAGGAAUACUAGGCAUAUUCUUCUUCUUUUUAUUUGUUGCUUUGAGUUCACAAACACAAUAACACGAGUGUAUACAUAUACACAGAUUAUAUACUAUGGUUUAUCGCAAAAUAAAUAAAGUAAACAUCGUAUAUAAGUAUAUAACAAAUAUUUCUUAACUGUACCAUAUUUUAUUGAAAUUACUGCAAAUUUCUUCAAAAUUAUUUUAUUUAUCUACAUCAAACAAUCAAACACAGAUUCGAGUGUAUACUAAGCCUAAGGAACAAAACUACAACAAUUUUAGAGCAUUUAAAUUGUCUAUCUGAUAAACUAUUGAUUUUUGUAAGUAUUUACAUUUUGAAAAUUUAUUUAGUUUAAAAAAAUUGCAAAUUAAAAUGAUGAUAAAUAUAAUGUUUACUCAACUUCAGCGUAAAUAAUAAGUAAAGUGCUUUACAGUUAUGCAGGCACGCCAUGUAAACGUCACACAAAUACUGCGAAGCAUUUUCCAAUUCAUGCAAAAUAUGUUGGAAUACACACACUCAAUAAUGUUCAAUCGGAAAUACAAAAUAUUUACUUAUGCAAACAUACAUAUGUAUGUAUAUUUAUAAAGCAUUAGCCCCAGUCAACAAUUGUAAAAGAACAAAAUGGCUGAAAUAUACAUAAAAAGAGUUUAGAUUGUAAUAUAUAAUAUUUUGUAAAAACCAUACACCUUGAAUGAAGAUUUAAAUAAAUUGUACUUUUGUGUAUUGAUAAUAAAAUUAACGCAA